AUGUUUGCAAAGUGGAUGUUGCUAAAUGUGAACGUCGGAGUUCUUGGCCACGUUGAUUCAGGAAAGACUACUCUGUCAAAGGCCUUGAGCACAGUAGCUAGUACCGCUGCAUUUGAUAAAAACCCUCAAAGCCAAAAACGCGGAAUCACCCUUGAUUUAGGAUUCUCGUCUUUCAAGGUGGAAAAGAAUAUUCCUCCCCACCUUGAACCCUCAGACGCUAUCCAAAUCACUCUUGUUGACUGUCCUGGCCAUGCCUCCCUCAUUCGAACAAUUAUUUGUGGCACCCACAUAAUCGAUCUGAUGCUCCUCGUAGUGGAUGUCAAUAAGGGCUUUCAGACACAGACUGCGGAGUGCCUUGUCAUUGGUGAACUCACUUGUGAUGCUUUAGUGGUCGUUCUCAACAAAGUCGAUCUGAUUCCUCCAGAAGAACGCGAUGCGAAAAUUGCCAAAAUGAAGUUGCGUGUUUCAAAGACACUACAAUCAACAAAGUUUAAAGACGCACCAAUCGUUGCCGUCUCAGCAAUUCAAAAAGUUGAAGUGCCAACCGGCGAGGGAAUGGAUGAAUUGAUUUCAACCCUCCUUACCAGCAUUCCUGACCCACGAGAGAAACGCAGUGAACUGGCAAAUCUUCCGUUUCUAUUCGCUGUAGACCACUGUUUCUCCAAGUCUGGUCAAGGAACCGUUCUCACUGGCACUGUUCUUCGUGGCUGCAUUCGUGUCGGUGAGACCGUGGAGAUCCCUCAGGAAAAACUGAAGAAGAAGAUCAAGUCCAUACAGAUGUUUCGGAAUCCCAUCGAAGAAAUCAGUCCUGGUGAUCGCGCAGGUAUAUGCGUAACCCAGUUGGACCCCAGUGUGAUGGAGCGCGGCUAUCUGGCCGCACCGGACAGUCUCUCGGCGUGCCAGGCCUGUCUCCUUACAGGAGUGGCACGAAUUGCCUAUUUCAAGGGCGACGUGUGCAGUAAACAGCGUUUCCAUGUCUCUAUUGGACAGGACACCGUUCUCGCACGUAUCACCUGUCUUCGCCGGGUGGAGGAGACGAAGGCGGAGGAGGAGUUUGAAUACGUCGAGGAACUCCAUGAUAAGGAUGGUGUGGGCGAAGCUAGGGAGAUGGUGUUGGAGUUUGAUGCACCAGUAGUAGCACCCAUGGCUGGAGUUGUGAUUGGGUCGCGUCUCGACACCGAUCCCCUCUCGUCCAGCUGUCGUCUUGCCUUUUAUGGCACCGUCGCCCGCGUCUUCGCCUCAUCUCAGGAGUGUCGCACUUCUCUCUCGGUCUAUCGACACAAACAACGACGGGGUGAAGUAGAACGAGUUGUAGACCCACGGCACUGCAUUGUGAGGGAUCUUUUUAAGGCUGAAACCAAUUGGGAACUCUUCACCGGCCUUGCUGUUACUGUCACCUUCCUUCCCUCCUCCACCCUUGCUACAACUGAGGGCGACAACGCGGAUUCCAUCCCGGGUGUAGUAGAAGGUAGCUUUGGGCGCAGUGGAAAGUGUCGUAUUCGACUCUCCGCUGAUCUUCCAGACGCCUUGGUGAAACGAUUUAGUGGGAAGGCGGGUAAGAAGCUGUCCAAAGAAGCCACGACAGCGGAAAAUGCAAAUGCCGACGCUAUCACUGCCGCCAACAAGCUUAGUGGGCAUCUCGUAGUGACACUAAACUUUAAGAAACACGUCUUCGACGCUACUAAACGCUUUGUUCAGUAA